UUCUUUUUUAUUUCCCGGCUCUCUUUUCAGACGGAACGCCUCAUUCAGUUGGAUGCCCUGGUCUGGGUCACAGCUCUUCAAUCUCCCCACUUGUUUCUGUAGCCGGAUCAAGGAGGGGCGAACUUAUUUCGUUCUGCAACUUCGUUCUUAUGUGAUACAGGCUCGCCGGGAGAGUUUACGUGUGUGCAGUGAGCGUCGCACAGAAUAGACGAGGAAUCAGAGUGACAGAUCGAGAAAAGACAAGUUCUUCACCGACGUCGUCCAAUCAAAAGAAAGAACACAGCUCACAACUUUAUAAUAGUGUCCUCCAUAGUGCUGCUGAAGAAGUCUAAUAAACACCAGCUUCAACUAAAAUCAAGCAACUUCACGAUAUUUAUAAAGUGAGGUUGAAGCUUUCCGUCUUUGAUAUAGACGUUCUCAUACGCGGGGUUUUUUUUUCUCUCGGGGUUUCCCAGUUGGAAAUCAGAAAUAGCUGAAAGAAAAGAAAAGAAAAAAGACCCAAACUAUCAAAGUGAACGGUUACACUACUGUAAGAGUCUAUUUUUCUACUGUAAGAGUCUAUUUUUCUACUGUAAGAGUCUAUUUUUAUCUUAAAAUACAAAGAAACAAAGUUCAUAAAUCUUUGCUCAGCUUUCUUUGGACACGAAAAAAGUAGCUACGUUCCUGGUGUUUUUCACAACGACAAAAAUAUUGCUACGAGGUAUUACACGAUCAAAUAUUCAGUUUAGGAUCUAAGAUACAGACCUGUUACUUUGAAAGAAAAGAAAGAGAAAAAAAACACAACAGUCAAUCCAUCCAAAGAACUUUCCCCGAAAAUCCAGCAGACGUCACAAACAGCGGAAGUGACGUCAUGAGUUUCACGACGCGACAGUUCGUCAUGGGCAUGGCGGUGGGCCUGACAGUCGCCUUCCUCAUCGCCAGCUUCCACAGCCUGGCUCACGUGACGCCCACCCGCCAGCUGCCCAUUGCCACCGACAGAGACUUCCACAGGGAGCUGGACAACGUUAUCUCUAACCUUUCUAUGGCGAGACUCAAGCUGGAGAAGGACACGCAUUUCCAUCACGACGAUGAUGCAGAGGCGCAGAAGCUGAGGGAAAAAGUUCGAGUCCUUAUAUGGGUGAUGACGUCACCACAGAACCUGAAACAGAAAGCCACCGUUGUGAAGAACACUUGGGCCGGGAGAGCAAACAAAGUGAUUUUCUUCAGCUCGGAGACCGACAAGAACUUCCCGACUGUGGGCCUGAAUGUGUCGGAGGGAAGGGAACAUCUCACGGCUAAGACCAUGCAAGGCUUCCGUUAUGUCUACGAGCACCACAGGAACGAUGCUGAUUGGUUUAUGAAGGCUGAUGACGACACUUACGUCAUCGUGGAGAACCUGCGCUACUUCCUGUCCUCCCAGAACAGCAGCGAACCCAUCUAUUUUGGCCACCACUUCAAGACCAUCGUCAAGCAAGGAUAUUACAG